UCUCCGUGGCCGGAGUGUUCGUUCUUUUCAUAGCGGUGGCUACGAGUCAGUACCCCAGCGGGACCGGCUCGGGCACAACGACGCGCUAUUGGGACUGCUGCAAGACUUCGUGCGCAUGGAGCGCCAACACCGGCUCCGUGACCUCGCCGGCAAGGUCGUGUGCUGCCGUGGGCAACGUGACCAUCGACCCGAACACGCAGAGCGGUUGCAACGGCGGCAACGCGUACGUGUGCAACGACCAGCAGCCCUUUGUUAGAGAUGGGCAGGCCUACGCCUUCGCCGCGGCCAACGUCAAUGGCAUUGCCACGACCUCCUUGUGCUGUGCCUGCUACCGUCUGAGCUUCACCAACACGGCAAUCUCAGGAAGGAACCUCAUCGUCCAGGUCAUCAACACUGGCAGUGACUUGAACUCCAACCAGUUCGACCUGCAGUUCCCCGGUGGCGGCGUGGGCCAGUUCACUGGCGGCUGCCCCAGGCAAUGGCCCAACACCCCAACAGCGAACUGGGGAGCGCAGAACGGCGGCGUUAGUCAGAGUUUGUGUGAUCAGGGUCUCCCUCAAGUGAGCGAUAAGGCUACAACCCCACCAAGGGAACAGCAAGAACAACCAAAAAUAAAAACGCAUCACAGCUAUGACAGAGUACCAAGAAAAGAGCUCACCCCGACUAAAGUGCGUGGUAAGCGCAGGAAGAACCUGCCAGGCUACGCAUGUGAGGAAUGUGAAAAUUUCUACAAAGCAAGUGGGCUGACUCAAAAGGACAUCCAGCAGUGCACUAGGCACAGGGGGCCCAAACGACCACGAACACCAGAAGGGUACUGGGACCCAAGUUGGAGAUCCCCUACAAAAACACCGAAGAAAAAUAGCCCUGAAAAGCUGCCGCCCAGGAAAUCUUUGAAGGAAUGCGACUGCAACAUAAUGUAACAGACAGGACAUUCUUCAAUGCAUGAAUUGGCGAGGCAAGACAAGAAAGUCUGGGCAAAGACUGGAACCCGCCAAUUUUUCAAGGAAGAAAAGUAUGAAUAUUUGCUUACUCACUUGCUAGCUUCUAUGUUUACUUUUAUAUUCCU